GAGACGCGAUUGGCUCCACGCGCGGGCCCGGGCCCGCUACGCGCUUCCGGGCCAAUGGGAAGCUGGCCCGCCCUGCGGUGGGGCACGCGCCUGCCACGCAUGGCCGCCGCGCGCAGCCUCAGGAAAUCUCCUGACUUAACUGGGACGCGGGCAGGAAGAAAAACCCCGUGCUUUUUGUGUAGCUGCGUCAGCAUUGCCUUUCUGCGUACAACGUUGACAGUACACAUUGCUGCUGUGACCAACAAACAGGAAUAUGUAAAACAUCUUCUCUAGAAAGAAAGAUACCCUCGUUUUGGAUGAUUGUCCUCACAGUCUAAGCGAUCGAUUUUUGUGGAAAAAGAUUUUACCAUUGUUUGUGUCUGUAACAGACAAAAAGGACUCAUGAAAGAAGCUUAUACAGCUUGACAACCCUUGGGCUUCUAUUAAUAAAUAUACCCAUGCAAACUGUAUUUUUCAUUUUAUAACUUCAUCAUACUAAUAGUGAGACAAUUUGGUCUUGUGAUGGCACUCUUUUCUCAAACUAGUCAGCAGGGUUUUCAGGCUUUGCUAUGGAAAUGUCACAUGUUCUGGCCUUUUUUAAGAUGCCGACAACUGUUUGCUGUCUCCUUGGGCAUCCCUAAUAGGGAAAAAAUUAACUCUUUCAGUUUUAUGACAUCUUCCAGUACUGCUUUACCAGUGGACCCCAAAGAAACUGAUGUCUUACCUACUGAGAAAAAGUCUAAAAUUGAUUGCAAAGAAGGAGAAGGAUGGGAUGGGGAGACUAAAGAAAUACCUGAAGGGAAAUUCCACUUUUCUUCCUCUGUUGGAGCUGCAAAGAAAUGGUCAAUGAGUCAUGUUCUGUCAAGGCAUAAGUUUAGCAAUGUACAACCUCCAGAAAAGCCUUUGCAGGCUGAAGAAUGGAACAAACUAAGAGAAAAUUUCCAAUCACCUGAAAUAUUUGAAGAGGUGAUGCUGAACAGUAUGAUCAGGUGCAACAGCCCCAUUGAUGUGGCCAAGUCCUUGCUGACCCACCUGGCAAAGCGUAACGGGGACAUUGCAUACAGUGUUCUGGUCAAAUACCUGACCCUGUGUGUCCACCAGGGACAGGUUUCAGAAAUCCGUGAUGUGUAUGACAUAAUGAAAGCCAGGUUUAAGAUUUUAGAAAGUGGGGCUUACAGCCUUCUAAUCAGGGGGUUGAGCAAUUCAAAUCAAUGGAGAAUGGCCUUGACUGUUUUGGAAGAAGUAAAAAAGAUUAUGAUUCCCUCACGGAUGUGCUAUGAAUCUUGUAUCAAAGCAGCCAGCCAUCACCAAGAAAUGGAACUCGCCUUUGAACUGUACAAUGAAAUGUUGGCUAAAGGUGUGAUCCCAACUUUGGAUGUCCUGCAGUCAUUUUUUGACUUCAGCAGGGGUAUGAAAGGUGCUGAGUUACAAAAAGAGCUCUUUGGUAUCCUCUUGUAUUUGAGAGAGAACCAAAUAUACCCUCACAAAACAUUUAUGCGGAGUAUAAAGCUAUGGUUUGAAAGUUUACCAGGAGGGAACUGGAGAGGACACCUGACCAACGUUAAAGACAGUGGACAAUGCCCAGUUUGCAAGCAUCAGCUGGAGGAAAGUAACCUCACCGAAGAGGAAUACAAUCAUCUCAGUGAGAGAAUACUAAAAGAUGUGAUACAUGGAACUGACACUUUUAGAAAGACAAGUCCAAAGGAAUUGGAGGCCUUUCAAACAUUUGUGGAAAAUCGACUUCCUUUUGAUAUUGUUAUUGAUGGACUCAAUGUUUCCCACAUAAAAUCCAGAAGGAUGCAGUGUGAAAAUCUGCUUGAUGCUGUCAACUGCCUGGCAAAAGAGAAUGCCAGGUUGCUUGUGCUGGGCCGCAAACAUAUGCUGAUGAACUCUUCAAACUGGAAAAGAGAAAUUGUGAAAGAGAUGCAGAAUAAGGCAGACUUCUUCUUUGCUGAAAAUAUCUCUGAAGAUGAUGCCUUCUUGUUAUAUGCCACUCUCCGAUCGGGCAAGCAUUGCAGGUUUGUUACUAGAGACUUCCUCCGGGAUCACAAGGCUUGUCUCUCUGACAGUCUGACACGUCACCUGUUCCGGAAGUGGCAGCGUGGGCACCAGAUAGUUUUCUUCCCUUCUGCAGAUGGAAGGAGCAUAAAAUUUUUGCCUGCUCUCCGUUAUGACUGUGUGGUACAGACUACAGGUGAUACAUGGCAUAUUCCCUAUAAAGAUGUUUUUGAGGAAAAAUAUUCAUAUCAAAUACCAAGAAAAUGGCUCUGCAUUCAACAGAAGUUAUGAAAAAUGUAAUUGGACAAGCUGAAGCUGCCUUUUUUUUUUUGUAAUCAUUGUUGCUGGCUAGGAGAAUUCAGCAGGACGAUUAUGCGAUUAAAUGUGUGAGGUGUGUAACUAAAGAAAAUUGAGUGACUGCUACUGCUUUUGACAAAAUCAUUCCUGCAUACAUCUCUUAACAUCAGUGGUGGUCCAGUGGGGGUGAAUUAUGUCCAUUACUUCCAUUUUUAUAAGCAAUUUUUGUGAUUUGAAUUAAAACUUGUUUUUUCCUGUUGGAA